UCUUUUAAGUUCAGCUUCUGUUAUAAAAAGUAAUGUGAUUCGUGGUCAAAAAUAUUUCAAAGAACUGACAUGAGCAAGGGAUGAAAUUGGGUAGUGAGUAUAAGAACGGCAGUCUGUAUCAUAGGAUUGUAUUCUUGAAACCUACAUAAGUAACCAAUAUCACCUCAGUGAAUUUAAUUUUUUUAAAAAUGGCAGUUUAAGUAGAAGGAAACCGGGAAUAGAGAGAAGAACUGAAGGAAGAUAAAGAGCUGUUGAAAGAAACCCAAGGAAACCUCGAGUUCAUGCUCACUCCCAAUAUACAGGCAUCUAGAGGUGACGCGACUCUGAACACACAGAAGUUACUGUGGAAUCUGCCGCUGCCACCACAGCUGCCGUGACCUGCCAGGACAGCGCUGCGGCCGAGCAUCCCUAGGCAUCACAUCAGAAGCUGCUGACCACUCCCCAGCCCUCGCCAAACACGUCUCAUUCUCCACACCGCCAGUGCGCGGUCCCUGCAGGCACAAGGUGGGCACCAUGGCCGAGAACUUGAACUGCCACCACUGCAGUGAGCUCCUGCAGGGGAAGAACUACGUGGAGAAGGACGGCCACCGCUGCUGCUUGAACUGCUUUGACAAGUUCUGUGCCAACACCUGUGUGGAAUGCCACAAGCGCAUCAGUGCGAACUCCAAGGAGGUGUGCUAUAAGAACCACUACUGGCACAGCUCCUGCUUCUACUGUGCCAAGUGCCUGCACCCCUUGGUCAACGAGACCUUUGUGGCCAAAGACGACGAGAUCCUGUGCAACAAGUGCAGCAUGAUGGAGGAGUCCCUUACGUGCAAGGGCUGCUCCAAGCCCAUUGUGGCCGGCGAUCAGAACGUGGAGUACAAGGGGACUGUCUGGCACCAAGACUGCUUCACCUGCAGCAGCUGCAACCAAGUCAUCGGGACCGGAAGCUUCUUCCCUAAAGGGGAGGACUUCUACUGCGUGACUUGCCACGAGACCAAAUUUGCCAAGCAGUGCGUGAAGUGCAACAAGGCCAUCACGUCGGGAGGAGUCAUGUACCAGGAUAAGCCCUGGCAUUCCGAGUGCUUUGUGUGUGCCAACUGCUCUAAGAAGCUGGCCGGGCAGCGUUUCACCACUGUGGAGGACCAGUAUUACUGUGUGGAUUGCUACAAGAACUUUGUGGCCAAGAAGUGUGCUGGGUGCAAGAACCCCAUCACCGGGUUUGGCAAAGGCUCCAGCGUGGUGGCCUAUGAAGGACAAUCCUGGCAUGACUACUGCUUCCACUGCAAGAAUUGCUCCGAGAAUCUGGCCAACAAGCGCUUUGUUUUCUAUCAGGAGCAAGUGUAUUGCCCCGACUGUGCCAAAAAAGUUGUAAAGUGACAGGAUCUCCUGUCCUGUGAAAUGGAA